AUGAUGAAUCCUGCUUCAGAAGCGGAGAAACAUCAGCAAAACGUUGGUUUUUUUUCUGAACAAACCACCCCAUUUUUUAACAAAGGACGUGGGCGAUCACUAAUGUUAUCGGAUUUCUUGGUCUCUCAUCCAAAAAAACCGUUUUUUCAACUAUCACAGUCUGAGUGGGCAACAGCAGUUGCACAAUAUCCUGAACUGAUGGAAGACAAUCUUAUUGAAUACAUUGAAAGAUCAGCUUCUGCGUCAAUUCAAGUGGACCAUGGAGCUUAUUUUGAUAACGACGCAGGGAUUAGUCAAUUUACUCGCUUAUUCAAAAUGUUACCUUUCAAGGAAGCAUAUAAAAAUCAUUUGAUCAAUAUUGUAGUAGACAACACGCGCACAGAUAGUGCUAAAGAAUUUUCACUAGAAAAUUUUGGUAUGAAAUUAGGAACACGCUGUCCCGUGGAUCAAAUUAAAUACACGGAUGAUAAAGGACAACAGCAAAAACUUGAUUGUUAUUUUACGACCGGGAAAAAUAUGGGAAAAUCUAAGGGACUGCAGAUCUUAGCCGAAGAACUAAAAAUCAAAGUACCAGCUAAAGUUACAUUAAAGGAUUUAAAACAAUUAUUAAGUUCACACAAUGCCUUUCAAAAUCACAUCGCUCACAAAUCAGCUAAAACUGAAAAAACCAAUGUUGAUGCAACAUAUAAAUUGGUGUGGCAAGGAUUUCCAGUUCUUAUUGUUGGUACAACUGAUCUUGAUUGA